UCAUAAAAGUUUUUUGGGAUUGGGGCUGCGGAUUGUAAAGGAGAAGUUGUUGGUAGCUAUGGGUACCUCCCCAUGGAUGUUCCUGAUUCUGGGAUGUUUUCUUACAGGACCGUUCUUAACAUUUUGCCAGCUUCCUCUGCCGACUAUUGUUCCCAGUAGGAAUGAAAUGGUUGUACAGCUGAAUUCCAAUUUCACACUCAAAUGCUCUGGAGACAGUGAAGUGAGCUGGCAGUACCCAGUGACUGAGGGAAGUCACAGGAUAGACAUCAGACAUGAAGAAAACAACAGUGGCCUCUUCGUGACAGUGCUCGAAGUAGUAAAUGCCUCAGCUGCUCAUACAGGCUUGUAUGUUUGCUAUUAUAACCACACACAAGUGGAGGAUGGGGAAGUGGAAGGGAAGAACAUCUACAUCUAUGUGCCUGACCCAGACAUGCCUUUUGUUCCUUCUAUACCGGAAGACCAGUUCAUCCUUGUAGAAGAAGGUGAUCCCACAGUUAUCCCUUGUCGGACAAGUGACCCAGGUGCUCAAGUGACUUUAACUGACAGCUUAGACAAGGCUGUGGAAGCUUUAUAUGACCCCAAACAAGGCUUCAUAGGAAAUUUUCCUGCGGGCUCAUACGCAUGCAAAACAAUGGCUAAGGGCGUGGAGUUCAAGUCUGAUGAGUUCCUCGUCUAUAUUAUAAGAGCUACUUCACAGCUUCCGGUUGAAAUUGAAGCUCUUAAAACUGUCUACAAAACAGGCGAGACCAUCGUAGUAACUUGUGUGGUCUUUGACAAUGAGGUGGUUAAUUUACAGUGGAAUUAUCCCGGGAAAGUGAAGGAAAAAGGUCUGAUAAAACUUGAUGAUAUCAAAGUCCCAUCACAGAAGCUGGUUUACACCCUGACCAUUCCUGAGGCAUCAGUGAAAGACACAGGGGAUUAUGAAUGUACUGCUCGGCAUGCAACCAAGGAGGUUAAGGAAAAUAAGAAAGUAGUCAUUACAGUUCAUGACAAAGGCUUUGUUCACCUGGAGCCUCAGUUUAGCCCUCUGGAAGCUGUCAACCUGCACGAAGUCAAAAACUUUGUUGUUGAUGUGCAGGCUUACCCAGCACCAAAAAUGUACUGGUUGAAGGAUAAUGUGACUCUGAUUGAAAAUCUUACUGAGAUUGUUACUAGUUCUAACAGAGUCCAGGAAACAAGGUUUCAGAGUGUAUUAAAAUUGAUACGGGCCAAGGAAGAAGACAGCGGAUACUAUACUUUGGUUGCUGAAAAUGAAGACGAGAUUAAAAGAUACACCUUCUCCUUGCUAAUACAAGUUCCAGCUCUGAUCUCAGCCCUUGUGGAUGAUCAUCAUGGCACUACAGGUGGGCAGACAGUGAGAUGCUUGGCAGAGGGGACCCCACUUCCUGAUGUGGAAUGGCUGGUUUGCAAGGAUAUUAAAAAGUGCAGCAAUGACACCUCGUGGACCCUUUUGACUAACAAUAUCUCUGAUAUACACAUGGAAGCCCACCUGGAUGAGAAAAAUACGGUGGAAAGCCAGGUGACCUUCCAAAAGGUAGAGGAAACCCUGGCUGUGCGAUGUGUGGCAAGGAAUGACCUCGGUGCUGUUACUCGAGAACUGAAGCUUGUGGCUCCCACCUUACGAUCAGAGCUAACGGUGGCUGCUGCUGUCUUAGUGCUGUUAGUGAUUGUGAUAAUUUCCCUGAUUGUCCUAGUCAUCAUAUGGAAACAGAAGCCGAGGUAUGAGAUUAGAUGGAGAGUCAUUGAAUCUAUCAGCCCUGAUGGCCAUGAAUACAUUUAUGUGGACCCAAUGCAACUGCCCUAUGACUCCAGAUGGGAGUUUCCUCGAGAUGGGUUAGUGCUUGGUCGAAUCCUUGGUUCUGGUGCAUUUGGAAAAGUAGUUGAAGGGACUGCAUAUGGAUUGAGUCGUUCUCAACCAGUGAUGAAAGUAGCUGUGAAAAUGCUGAAACCUACAGCUAGAUCCAGUGAAAAACAGGCGCUCAUGUCUGAACUGAAGAUAAUGACACAUCUUGGCCCCCACCUGAAUAUUGUGAAUCUGCUUGGAGCUUGUACAAAAUCAGGUCCUAUUUACAUCAUUACUGAAUACUGCUUUUAUGGUGAUUUGGUGAACUACCUACAUAAGAACAGGGACAAUUUCCUGAACCGACACCCAGAGAAGCCAAAGAAAGAUUUGGAUAUCUUUGGGAUGAACCCAGCUGAUGAAAGCACAAGAAGUUAUGUGAUAUUAUCAUUUGAAAACACUGGAGAAUACAUGGACAUGAAACAAGCUGAUACCACUCAGUAUGUGCCUAUGCUGGAAAGGAAGGAGGGAUCUAAAUACUCUGAUAUUCAGAGAUCUGUGUAUGAUCGACCUGCUUCAUACAAGAAGAAAUCCAUGUCAGAAUCAGAAGUCAAAAACCUUCUUUCGGAUGAUGGCUCAGAGGGACUCAGCCUACUGGAUUUGCUGAGCUUCACCUACCAGGUUGCACGGGGAAUGGAAUUCUUGGCUUCUAAAAAUUGUGUGCACCGUGACUUGGCAGCUCGUAAUGUCCUCCUGGCUCAAGGAAAAAUUGUGAAGAUCUGUGACUUUGGGCUGGCUAGAGACAUCAUGCAUGAUUCCAACUAUGUCUCCAAGGGCAGCACUUUCCUCCCAGUAAAAUGGAUGGCACCUGAAAGCAUUUUUGACAACCUAUACACAACAUUAAGUGAUGUCUGGUCUUAUGGCAUUCUGCUGUGGGAAAUAUUUUCUCUUGGUGGCACACCAUAUCCUGGCAUGAUGGUCGAUUCUACUUUCUACAAUAAGAUCAAGAGUGGAUACCGAAUGGCCAAACCUGACCAUGCUACCAAUGAAGUGUAUGAGAUCAUGGUGAAGUGCUGGAACAGUGAACCAGAAAAAAGACCUUCUUUCUAUCAUUUGAGUGAAAUUGUGGAGAACUUGUUGCCUGGAGAGUACAAAAAGAGCUAUGAGAAGAUUCACCUGGACUUCCUGAAAAGUGAUCACCCAGCUGUCACACGCAUGAGAGGGGACUGUGACAAUGCUUACAUUGGUGUCACCUACAAGAAUGAAGACAAGCUAAAGGACAGGGAGAGUGGUUUUGAUGAGCAGAGGCUGAGUGCUGACAGUGGAUACAUCAUCCCCCUGCCUGACAUUGACCCCGUUUCUGAAGAUGAGCUUGGCAAAAGAAACAGACACAGUUCACAGACAUCUGAAGAAAGUGCCAUUGAAACCGGUUCCAGUAGCUCUACCUUCAUCAAGAGAGAGGAUGAGACCAUUGAGGACAUUGACAUGAUGGACGACAUCGGGAUUGACUCCUCAGACCUGGUGGAGGACAGUUUCCUGUAACCUCAUGGACACCUUCCAGCUCUGCACACGGGGAAAGCUUGCCGUGUCAUCUACAGAUGUCUGCUCCACAAAGAAAACCACUUUAUUGAAACAUCAAGGAUGUACAGAGGAGGUGGAUUUGUACAGAGGAACUCCCAGUAAUGGGCAGAGGAAUCAGCCUGAGUAUGAAUGAAAGAGACAUGUUGAAGAUGGAUUUUUUUAGUGUUGUUUCUUGCAGUACUUCAGUAGCAUCUCAGUGUUG